CGCGCCGCCGGAGUCAUGGCCGCCUCCGUGGCUAGCCGGGGUCGGGCUCUGCUGUGGGCUGGCGCUGCUUGGCUGCGGCAGAGAGGCGUCGGGGAGCUACUCCGGGCGCGAAUGGAAGGGGGCACCCCGGGGCGUGACUUCAGUCUGUCUCAUUACCGGAACACGGUCAUCGUAGAGCGCUGGUGGAAGGUGCCGCUGGCCGGGGAGGGCCGGAAGCCGCUCCUGCACCGGCGGCACCGCGUGUAUAAGCUGCUGGAGGACACCAAACACCGACCCAAAGACCCCCUGGAGCUCAUCCUCACGCAGUCCGUGGACGAAAUUGGAGUGCGAGGUGAUCUGGUCUUGGUGAAGAAGUCUGUGGGUCGCAAUAAACUCCUUUCUCAGGGACUGGCAGUGUAUGCAUCACCUGAAAACAAGAAGUUGUUUGAAGAGGAGAAAUUGCUGCGACAAGAAGGCAAACUGGAGAAGAUCCAGACGAAGGCAGGAGAGGCAACAGUGAAAUUCCUGAGAAGCUGUCAUCUAGAGGUGGGAAUGAAGAACAACGUCAAAUGGGAACUGAACCCUGAGAUAGUUGCCCGCCAUUUCUUCAAGAAUCUUGGUGUUGUGGUUGCCCCGCAUGCUCUGAAGUUACCCGAGGAGCCUAUCACGCGGUGGGGCGAGUACUGGUGUGACGUGACUGUAAAUGGACUCGACACUGUAAGGGUUCCCAUGUCCGUAGUGCUCUUUCAGAAGCCCAAAACCAAAAGAUACAAGCGGUGGUUAGCCCAGCAGGCUGCCAAGAGCGUGGCCACCACCAGCUCCCAGGCAGCCUGAAUGUCCUCUGCCUCCAAGACGAAGCAGUCAGAGGAGCAUUGGAGUGAAGCAGGCCAGCACAUGAAGCUGUCCCAGCCCCGAGCAAGCAUGGAUCCUAGAGAACAUGGACUCAGCAGACUGGACAUGUAAGGCUCGCUGAGUUUGUCACCUCUGCCGUCGGCAGUCACCAUGGCCAUCUCUGCAGGCAGUAGAUGUCAUAAGUGAGUAUCAGUGAACUGCAGUAGUCUUCUUAGCCCUUCCUUCCGUUGGAGAGUCUGUGGGAACCAGUGAAGGGCUGAGCCAUUGUGCCUAAAAUGGCUGUGUUCUCAUCCACACUGUGUCUCAUGCAGAAAUAAAGAGUCGUUUAACUGGA